GGUCAUCGGAGGUUCACAGAAGGCAGGGCUGAGCCAUGGGGAACAAGCGCGACGCCAUCCUGGACGCACUGGAGAACCUGACAGUGACUGAGUUCAAGAAGUUCAAGCUAAAGCUGGGAUCUGUGCAACUGCGUCAAGGCUUUCGGACCAUCCCACGAGGGGUGCUCGGGCCGCUUGAUGCCAUGGAUCUCACUGACAAGCUGAUCGCCUUCUACUGUGAGGACUACGGGGCAGAGCUCACAGCAGCCGUGCUAUGCGACAUGGGAAUGCAGCAGGAGGCAGCGCAGCUUCAGGGGGAGGAGAGGACCUCACCCAACCUAAAAGACUUUCUACCCACAGAGCUGAGAGGAGAGAGACUCUUGUCCCUGCUGGUCUCUCCAGGGCCCAGCCCAAGCCCUAGGGCAAAGUGGGUCUCCCUAAGUGCUUGGAAAAUGAAUGCUUGAGGGACAGCUGAAUAAAUGAAUGAACUGAAGCCAGAGCCUGCAGCUCAGAAGUCUACUCUACCCGGGAAGCCUCAGGCCUUCACGUAUGCUUGGCCUUCAAAUUCCAGUUUUAAGUUUCAUUCAUAAUAAAAACUUAAAUCCUCA